GCGCGCUGGAGGAGACACCUGUGAACCCUAGUGUGAAGUUCCUGUUUUAAGUGUGUAUGCUUUGCUGCUGACAGAUGAGGAAGACAUGAAGAAGCCAGUCUGCUCUCUGUAAGUGCCUAAGCUGUUCACUCACAUCCAUCAGCAUGAGUUUACAACUGCGCUGCUUAUACACUCACAGAUACAGCUUGGCUUUGGUCAUGACCAUGCUGCUGCUCGCGGCUGCAUCUGGUGACAGUGAUACAGCGAUGAACAUCAAGGCUGUUUUGGGUCACAGCGUUACUUUCAGAUGUCCUUCGAACCACAGCGAAGCUGUUGAACGCUUGUACAUACAGAAAAUUAUUAACGAUAAAGAGAAGUUCAUUAACGGGUUUUAUAAAGACCGUGACAUGCCAUGGAACGAAUACCAGAUCAGAACCAAAGUGAACAAGAUGGACCUCAGCAUGGAGAUGAGAAACGUCUCAGUUUCUGACGAAGGACUGUAUAAAUGUUACAUUUUCGACAUCGGAGUAACAAAUCCUAAAGUCUCAGACAUUAUCCUCGAAGUCACAGCUGAGUACAGCGCCCCUACAAUCACACCUGACUGUACUGAACAUAGACGUGGGGUCAGCGGCACGGGGAUGAGCUGUGACUUAAGCUGCUCGGCGGUGGGCGGAUACCCACAGAGCACCAUCAGAUGGACGGGGCUUAAUCCAAGUCUGACGAACGUAAUUUAUAACUGGAGUUCAGCUCAUAACGACUCCAAAACAUGGACAAUCAACCAAACCAUCACGUACAACUGUGACCAGCAAACCAAUGUCAGCUGUGCCAUAGGGGGCGCUGUUUCACACACCAUCACCAUAUGUAAAACACAAUCUUUCCCACUUAAGGUGAUCGCAGCCAUUGCUUUUGUGCUUGUGUUUGCCCUGUUGCUUAUUUUUGUUGUGGUGAUGAAGUGCUUCUGUGGAAGACAACAUACCCCAGAAGAUCAAUCUGGGGAUGUAAACGUUUCUUUAACCGAGUACCGUUCACAGCUUAAGAGCGUCUGAGACGUGACGAAGAAACACUCAGGAGAUUUUCGCCAUUCUGUCAAGCGGAAGUGCGGACUGCAGACGGACAUUUAGGGCAAAUUGUCCAGCCGAACGCUGUGUCUUUAAAGCGGCUUCACUUCCAUAUCGAAGCAGGCCCCGGAGGACGCUUCACAGAGCAACGCUGGACUGUCCUUGAACAAGCUUUUGAGAACGUUCCCUUCCUUUCCCCAGUCAUUCAUUUGGAAGUGCACAUCAUUUCCCCGGCGUCCUGAAGAUGCAGUUUGUUUUCAUUUGGGUGCAGAAUCACAGAGACAUGUUUGGUUUACGUUGCCGGAAGAGAGAUUUUUUUAUAAUGGUGCUUAUUAAAAGUUUCAUGGCUCAAACUGCUCUGUAUACUUUGCAAUCUCCCGUAUGUAUUUCUCAGAUUGUGGCACUUUAUUGCAAGGAGUGGGGAUUUUAAGGUUCAGAACUUUUUCAGGGACUGAACUUGAAGUAAAUAUGCAGAUUUGUGGCCAGUUGUGUGCGUGAUACAAUAACCAAGACCGUUUCUUAAUGACUGUUGUGUCAAUGCUCAUUUAUGAAUAUGAUGCAUUUGCUUCUAGAAGACGAUUUAUUUGAAGCUUUAGUUUUUUAAAGCCAGUUCUCAGACGAGCCAAAGAACCAUAAUGCAUAGAAAGCAAAUGCCAUUAGAUGAUUUUUCUGGUCAUUCCCUAUAGAAUGCAUGUUUAGCGACGCAUUACCCGCUAUGUGAUGUCCACAUCUGUUCAUAUGUACAGUACUGACUUU